AUGGCGUCCAAGGGCGGUAUUAGUGUUUCGGAUAGGAAAAAGAGGAAGCUUAACGAAUCCGAGGACAAAGGUCAGAAGCGUGGCAGUGGUUUGCAGGAUGAGGAGGUGAUUUCCGGCAAUGAAUCUUCUUCAGAUGGUGAUUCUGUGGUAGGAGAUGAGUCGGAUUUGGAUCAGGGCUCGUCCUCGUCGUCUGGAGGCGAAGAGGAGGGUGAGGACGGCGAGGAGGAGGGUGAGGACGGCGAGGAGGAUGAGUACGACUUCUCAAAAAGUAAGAAAUCGUCGAAGUCUAAACAUGAUGAUGGGUCCGAAUCAUUCUCGAAUGCGCUUUCCAAUAUUUUGGGAUCUCAUCUAAAGGCGUAUGACCGUGUAAACCCAAUUUUAGCCAGAAACAAGAGGGUAUUGAAAAAAAGCGAGGCAGACAAACUGGAGCUAAAAGCCAAAAAGGCACUGCUUGCCCAAAAGAAACAGAUGUUAAAUAAGACUAGGAAUACGGAGAUCAUCCCUACAGUAGCAGCUGGGGAAGAUUCAGAGCGGAUCACGAAGGUUUUAGAAAAAGAACGGAACCUGAGGAAAAUUGCACAAAAGGGAGUGGUAAAGUUGUUCAAUGCAAUUUUGUCUACACAAGUGAAAACCGAGAGAGAAGUCCAAGAGACGCUGUCGACGGUUAAAAAUGCAGCUGAAAGAAAGACCAUAUUGACUGAAGUCUCGAAGGAAAAGUUUUUGGACUUGGUGAAAGCCGCUGGGAACAGCUAG